UAUGCGCCUGCUCCCCGCACCCCCCUCUUAGCGACGCGCCUGGCGACCGCCGAGACCCACUGUAAACACGUGGGGUUCUCGGCAGCCCCAUGUACACCUCGCCGCUCGCGCUCCUGCAGGUGUUCUUCCUGCUGAACCCCGAGGGCGCGCGUCCUCAGCCUUCUUCCUCCCCGUCAGGGCCAGGGCCCACCCCCUCGGAGCCGGGGUCGCAGGGCGGGACCCUUCCGGCCUCUUCGGAGGGGACUGAAACCCCGCGGGCCGUGCCUGGGACCUCUUCGGUGUUCCCUACUCUGGGGACCCCUUCAGCGCCUGAAAAUGGGGCCGUGGACCUCCUCCCAGUCUUACCGAUCUGUGUCUGUGACUUGACUCCUGGCACCUGCGAUAUCAAUUGCUGCUGCGACAGAGACUGCUCUCUUCUCCAUCCGAGAUCAGUUUUCUCCUUCUGCCUCCCGGGAAGCGUGAGGUCUUCGAGUUGGGUUUGUGUGGACAACUCCCUUAUCUUCAGGAGUAAUUCCCCAUUUCCUUCGAGAGUUUUCAUGGAUCUAAAUGGAAUUAAGCAGUUUUGUGUCCAUGUGAACAACUCAAAAUUAAACUAUUUCCAGAAGCCCCAAACAGUCAAUGCAUCCAACUUCCAGACCCCAGCUACAGAGUUUGGAGGCCAGCCAUUCGAUUCAGUAUUACAAACGCAGUCGCCACCACCUUUUUACAGGGCCGGGGACCCCAUUUUGACUUACUUAUCCAAGUGGUCUGUACUGAGUUUGCUGAGGCAGCCUGCGGGAGUUGGAGCUGGGGGACUCUGUAUCGAGAGCAAUCCUGCCGGUUUCCUGGAGAGUAAAAGUACAACCUGUGUCCGUUUUUUCAAGAACCUGGCAGACAGCUGCACCUCGGACCCCGCCCUCAAUGCUGUCUCUUACUACAACUUCACAGUCUUGAAGGUGCCAAGAGGUAUGACUGAUCUGCAGAAUAUGAAGUUCCAGGUUCCUAUAACACUUGUCUCCCAGGCUGCUUCUCCUCUGUUGGCUGGAAACACUUGUCAGAAUGCUGUUUCCCAGAUCAUCUAUGAGAUAGAGACCAAUGGGACUUUUGGGAUCCAGAAGGUCUCUGUCAGCUUUGGACAAACCAACCUGACUGUUGAGCCAGGCGCUUCCUUACAGCAACAAUUCAUCAUUCGCUUCAGGGCCUUUCAGAGCACAGCCACUUCCCCACCUGGUCCUCGAAGUGGGAAUCCUGGCUAUGUUGUCGGGAAGACACUCUUGGCUCUAACUGGUGACAUAAGUCACUCUGUGACCCUCUUGCAGAGCCAGGGUGAUGGAACUUGCUCUGUCAGGAGACACAAAGUACAAUUUGGGGUGAAUGCAAUGUCUGGAUGCAAACUCAGGCUGAAAAAUGUGGAUUGCAGCCACUUGCAACAAGAGAUGUACCAGACUCUUCACGGAAGGCCCAGACCAGAGCAUGUUGCCAUCUUUGGUAACGCUGACCCCGCUCAGAAGUCAGAGUGGACCCGGAUCCUCAUCAGAAACUGCAGUGUUUCAGCUACACACUGCACUUCUUGCUGUGUCGUACCAGUGUCCCUGCAGACCCAGGUAUUGUGGGCAUAUAUAGGCCUCCAAUCCAACCCACAAGCUCAUGUGUCAGGAGCACGAUUCCUGUACCAGUGUCAGUCCAUAAAGGAUUCCCAGGUAACAGAAGUGUCUUUGACAACUACUGUGACCUUUGUGGACAUUACCCAGAAGCCAGAGCCUCCUCGGGGCCAACCCAGAACCAACUGGAAAUUGCCAUUCGACUUCUUCUUUCCUUUCAAAGUCGCCUUCAGCAAAGGAGCAGACUCUCAGAAAGGCUCAGUCUCUCCCGUCCUUAUCCUGUGUCUCUUACUCCUUGGAGUUCUCUUAACCUAGAGACUAAGUAACAAAAGGAGAGGAACCGGAUUUUAAUCUUCCCUAUGGGAAGUCCUACGGCAGCCUACUUGUGUUGGCUAAUGACCAGAGAGCAUUUAGGAGAAGAGUGGACUUAACUGGAGGAGCCUUUGUACAUGAGAGAAGAGAUUUUAGAAAAGCAAUAAAAAUAUCUUGUUCAUCCUAGCUCUCUGCUUAGAACUUGAACAUGCUGCAGUAAUGUCAGUUGCAAAGAUCUCCAAAAAUUGAGUCCCUGGUAUAUGACCUACAGAAUACCAGCUAUACAUCAAGUUCUGUUCUCCUCAAGCAGGAGAGUGCAAUGAGCCCUUCCUCCGGCCCUUCAGUGUGUGAUGCCUGACCAAAGGUUUGCAAACCUUCAUCCAUCUGCUCGCAGACACAGCUGGCUCAACAUCAAAAAGGAUCAUGCUCCUACGCCCCCCACGUGAACUUGGGAAUAGCUGCCCUCUGGACUUGAAAGAAGCUGACUGUUCAGAAAAGAAAACCACUCGCUAUGUAUUUUAUCGGGCUCCUCCCUGCUCCCUUGGGCCAGUCUUCCCAGGCAAGCAGUUAUUUCUAUAGUUCCCAAAAUGAAUGUAGAAUCCCAACCCCCUUUCCUACUAGCAAAUGAUCCUACUAUCUGUGUUUUUCCUUUCCUCCACUGUGGUGGAGAAAUAAAACUGAUUGAGACUCAAUUGUCCGAAUCCCAGCAGCACAUACAAGUUAAGUAACGUGGUCUGCCUCAUGAUUAUUUUUCUACAUAUAUGAGGGUUUAAAACAACAACAACAACACAAACUUCAUCUUUUCACACAGUUCCCCAAUACCCUCCCCUCUGGCAUCCAUCAGCCUGUUCUCUGUAUUUAUGA